AUGGCGGUUGAACGGUCUGGAAUUGCCAAAGAUGUUACAGAAUUGAUUGGAAAAACCCCUUUAGUAUAUCUGAACAAAAUCGCGGAUGGUUCUGUUGCUCGCAUUGCCGCGAAACUUGAAUUGAUGGAGCCAUGCUCCAGUGUAAAAGACAGGAUUGGAUAUAGUAUGAUUACUGAUGCUGAGGAGAAAGGGCUCAUUACGCCUGGCCAGAGUGUCCUCAUUGAGGCAACGAGCGGUAACACGGGCAUCGGAUUGGCCUUCCUAGCAGCAGCAAAAGGCUACAAGCUUAUCAUUACAAUGCCUACUACAAUGAGUCUUGAAAGAAGAACCCUUCUUCUAUCUUUUGGGGCUGAGUUGGUUCUGACAGAUCCUGCAAAGGGAAUGAAAGGGGCAGUUCAGAAAGCGGAAGAGAUAUUGGCCAAGACUCCAAACGCGUAUAUCCUUCAACAAUUUGACAACCCUGCGAAUCCAAAGGUGCAUUAUGAAACCACUGGCCCGGAGAUAUGGAAAGGCACAGGAGAGAAAGUUGAUGCUCUUGUUAGUGGCAUAGGUACUGGUGGUACCAUAACAGGCGCCGGGAAAUACCUUAAAGAGCAGAAUCCCAACAUCAAGCUGUAUGGUGUGGAACCAGUUGAAAGUCCUGUACUGUCCGGAGGAAAGCCUGGUCCACACAAGAUUCAAGGGAUUGGUGCUGGUUUUGUUCCGGGAGUAUUGGAUGUUAGCCUUCUUGAUGAAGUAGUUCAAAUAUCAAGUGAUGAAGCAAUAGAAACUGCAAAGGCUCUCGCGCUUAAAGAUGGCCUAUUUGUUGGAAUAUCAUCUGGAGCUGCGGCUGCAGCUGCCAUUAAGAUAGCGAAAAGACCAGAGAACGCUGGAAAGCUUAUUGUUGUUGUUUUCCCUAGCUUUGGUGAGAGGUACCUAUCCUCUGUGCUGUUUGAAUCGGUGAGACGCGAAGCUGAAAGCCUCACAUUUGAACCAUGA